CUUUGUUGUUUUUCUUAAUCAAUUUCUUUGUUGAUGGUGAAUUAGAUUAGUUAAUUGGUUAAAAUUAAUUUCUUUUUGUUUUAUUUUAACUGUGCCAUGGAUUUUCGAGUUUAUCUGGAUGGUGCUCAGCGAAUUGUUUCCGGUGUCACUCUUGAAACCACAUGUAAAGAUAUCGUUUUAUGUUUGGCUCAAUCUACACAACAAUUUGGUAAAUUUAUCUUGGUUGAGAGAUGGAGAAACAAUGAGAGACUUUUGAAUCCUAAUGAACAUCCAAUUAAAUUACUAAGUCAAUGGGGAGAUUAUGCUUCUGAUGUAAUGUUUAUUAUGAAAAGAUGUGACCAACCUUUGAAUGAGAUGAAUGCCAAGUUACCUACUUCCGUUAAUCCAAAUCAUUUACAGUUACAAAAUCAAAUUAUCCAACAACAACUUCAACUUCAACAGCAGCAACAACAACAACAACAACAAUCAAGACAAUACCAGUCAAAUGAUUCUAAUUCUAUUGCAACCAGAGUCAAUCAAAACAAUCGAAUUGAGGGUAAACAAUUGAUGCCAACAACCAAUUUAAAUGUGGAAAAUCAUGAUCACUAUGGAACUUAUUUAUCACAAAAACAUGUUUACCACCAAGAAGACAAGUUGAUCAAUACGCCCAACAAAUCAAUUCCCUCAACACCCUUAAGCCAAAAUUCUAUGCCACCGGAACUUCCAACUGAAGUUGAAUCGGACUAUGGUACCAAUCAAGCUCUCAAAAGACCAAAGCAUCCACCACCUUAUUACGAAGCUAUAACUAAAAGUGCAUUGUUGCGAUCAUCACCUUCCGAUCCUGUCUCAGAAUCUGGUCCGGAAGCAUCUGGACUUAAUGGACACCAGUGGUCGAAGGAAGAAACUCCAAGCUUAUCCAAAUGUUCCAAAGAAACCAAUCGAUGUUCAAAUUGUGAAGAUGAAGAUGUUAGCCAAAGGACCCUCAAACUUAGUCGAAACCCUGAGGAAUCUAGAACGAAGCAAAUCUAUCGUCCAGACGAAACUAAAUCAUCGGAUGUCAAAUUAUCAAAUUUACAAAAAGAUACACUGAAUGCCAAUAAUCGCCAAAUACUUGAAAUAACAUCACCAGUUAGCUAUUGGGACUCUAAAUAUCGAUCUCCUAGUGUUCAACCAAAUCGACAAGAUGUCAUGAAUGAAAACCGAAGAAUCAAUGAAAGAUCAUUAGACAUUCGGCAAGAAUCAAUGAACAACAUGGUUUCCGAUGUAACCAAUGAAGAAGAAGAGGAAGAGAUGGUCAGACUUUAUAUUGAAAAUAGAGGUGUAGAAAUAGAUAAAAGUAAGUUAAGAGUCCAGUUGUCCGAAAUAGAGAAUCAAAUUACUGAUUGUCGUCACAGUAUUGAACAUCUUAUGGAUCAAAUCAACCAACUCAAUCUCCAAAAAGAAGAAGAAGAAAUGUUAAAGCGAAGGGAAGAAGAGAAAAUAAAAGCUCAGCUGAUAGAAAUGACCAAAGAGAAAAGAAUGGAAUUCGAACGUCAGUCCGAACAAUUCAGAAUAGUGGACUCGGAACUUAAAGAAUCCGAUGAGAUGCUCAAAGAGCGAAUAAAAAAGAUAGAAAAAAUUCUUCAUGAUCUUAAGGAAACUAAUCUUCAGGGGCUCAAUUUACUGCCUAGAGAUGAACUUUUUUCCAAAAACAAUCCACAAAUGAAGACUUCUCAAAGUCAUGUAAUAAUUAAUCCAGAUGCAAGAAAUUCAUUCCAAGCCAAACAACAAAGACCCGGAAGCACAAGGAAAAUGUUUGUCCCACCACGAGAAUUGAAAAACGCCGUUGCAACCAGUAAAAAUCCUCACGGAGUUUGGGUUUAAAUGUUUACCUCCGUUUUCAAGUUAUCCAAUUUAAUAUCUUCCAAAGACAAAGAAAUUUAAAAUUCUGCUAAAUUAAUUAGCCUUCUCCGUCCAAAGUUAAACCUUUCAUCAAAUUGACCAUUUCCACCUUACCCACAACAAUUGAGCCCUUUCUAAUUUACCUCAGCUCUAAUAAUUAAUUUUAAUCAUUUUCGAUUUCUUUAUAAACAUAGACAAUAAUGAUGAGGCUCUUUUUAUACACUAACCAAAGGUUUCUCUUUGUUAAUUAACUACUUACAAUAUCUUUUGCACAUAGAAUUCACCUUAAUUUUGUUUUAAUCAAUUUGUUCACAAUUAACUUUUUCUUCCAGCGUUAGACUAACAAUAGCUGAUUCAGUUUAUCAAAUUGAAUCAUGUGAUAUAUUCUAGACAAUUAAUUUUAAUCAAAUCUAGUUACCACUAAUUGCGGUUUAACCUUUUUCCAUUUCUUUUCCAAAUCUCUUUCACCUCUAAACCCAUCCACUGACAAUCACAGUCAUUAACUUAUAAAAAUAGAGACAAAAUCAUGUUAAUCAUUUCGUGUAUCACCAAACAAUCAAAUUAACACUUUGAUCACAACGAAAGCAAUUUCACUGAUUGAUUGACAAUCUAUUAAUAUUUAUAACUCCACAAAAACCCAUUUAUAAAUCACCUCACCAAUCAAACAAUAAUUAACUAGAAAAUUAAAUUCUAUUAAUUCUCAA